CAUGGCGUCUGGUUGCCUGGUGCUGGGUCUGUUUUAGCUAACUGAUUAGCAAGCUAGCUAUAUUCAAAGGCUUUGACUACAUUUUCAGUACAAUAAUAUCUUCAUUGCAAUAUAUUUCAAUAUGUCGGACUCAGAAGAGGACAGUCAAGAUAAGCAACUUAAAAUUGUAGUCAUCGGAGACGGCGCAUCGGGGAAGACGUCACUCGCCACCAGGUUUGCGCAAGAGGCCUUUGGGAAACAGUACAAACAGACCAUUGGCCUGGAUUUCUUUCUGAAGAGAAUAACUCUGCCAGGCAACUUGAAUGUUACCCUGCAAGUGUGGGAUAUUGGAGGUCAAACGAUUGGAGGGAAAAUGCUGGAUAAAUAUGUCUAUGGUGCUCAGGGUGUUCUUCUAGUGUACGACAUUACAAACUACCAGAGCUUUAAGAAUCUGGAGGACUGGUACGGCAUGGUCAAGAAGGCCAAUGAAGAGUCUGACGUCCAGCCUGUGGUCUCCCUGGUGGGAAACAAAAAUCCACGCUGGCUCGUCAUGGGAAAUGUUCCAGAUCCACGCUUUUUCGCCAUGGGACAUGUUCCAGAUCCACGCUGGCUCUCCAUGGGACAUGAUCCCUCCUCUGGCUGGGAGAUAAGACUCCUGCACCGAGAGACUGUUCCUCUCUUUUUUCCCUCUCUCUUUCUCUCUCUUGCUCUCACACACGUUGCACUAUCUUUCUUUCAGUCACACGCUCAGCCCUGUACUUACACACUAUCUUUCGGGAAAUUUGAACUAACAUGUUCUCUUUCCCUGCCUUUUACAGUAAUGUCUUCAUUGGCUAUAUGUGUCAAACAACAUGCGUGUUUACCUUCUACAUGGUACGGCAAACCUUUUCACAUACCGUUACCCAUCCCACUCUUCUUCACUGCCGCCUAUUCGGCCAUGUGAAAACUCAAAUGCCUAUUUCUCAAAACUCGGUUCUCGUACAGAUGUAGGAUCUUCAUUUGAUCACCCUGUUGCAGGAUAACUUUCCUGCAAUGCAAGAAAUGUAAAACUUGUAGUGUAUAUGAGGUUAAUAAAAGCUUCAGAUGGUUGUAAUUUCCACUUUGAGAUUUUAGUUAUAUUCCCUUGCGAAAAAUGUAUAAAACCCUACAAAAAAAUAAAUCCACAUAAUAAUUCACAUUUCCUAUUGCUGUAGGAUUAUUUUCCUGCUGUAGCAAACUGGCUCAAAUUAAGAUCCUACAUCUGUAUAACAUCUCUAAACUCGGUUGUCGUUAUAAAAUGUCUCUCCUCCACCAACAUUGUCCGGACGGAGUUGUUUGCCCUCUUGGCAAGGCCCAGGGUGGAGGCCUCCCCCUCCUCCUCUCCACUCCCCUCAACCCCCUGCCCCAGUAAAGCUGCCACAGUUCCUGUCUGUUCUGUGUAGGCCUGCACAUUUCUUAAUAGAGAUGCUCAGAAGUCCAGGAGCCCGGAGGAGCUCAAUGCGCUUCUGUUUUUGGUUUAGCUCAGAAAUGUUUUUCCUGGCUUGGCCCGCUCGUACUUAGGUCCUCUUACAACAAACUAAAAGGCCCUAAUUGCCCCCGAGGGGACGGUUUAGCCACAAUAGACAUGUGGUGGGACAAAAGCCCAGUCCUUCGCGCCCCCCCCCCCCCCCCCCUCCCCCAGAUAUAGGAGAUGUACACGUCAGCAGUGUCUGUGUAGCGCUGCAGGGAGGGUGACCGCAGGUUCGACACUGUAAAACAUUAUAUAUACAGUCUAUAGAUCCCAAUAAGGGAUGGUGCAUGCUUGGGUAAAGAUUAGGAAUGUUUACAGUAUACACCAAGUCCAGCGUUUCCUGUUUUUUUUCAAUUGUAUUUUUCUUCAUUUUAUUAAAUGGAAACAGUGGCCAGAUUCGAUGUUGAUUGUAUCGAAUCCGAAGUACAACCGCAUUAGCUAAAGCAGCAGGCCCUCUUGGCUCAAAAUAAUUUUCUGUGAUAAUUAGAGAUUCAGGUUACUAUGACGCAGUGGGAGGCUGAGGAUGAAUGGGAAGGUUUAGCACUUUGUUGCAGAUAAGCCAGCCAGGCACCCAAUGGAAAUAUGGCGGCCAUUUGAAAACAUACCUGUACACGCAUCUCUCCUACUCCGUCCCGAGCCUGAAGUAAAAUGAAAAGUCCUCAUUCAUUUUAGCCAUCCAUAAAGCAAAUAUUGUUGCACGUGCAGUAGAUGAUCAGUCUUCGGAUGCCUUCUUGUGUGGUAAGUCACGGGCCAUUUAAGUUGCACAACGCAGCACAGCUUAGCCACCUGACCCGACGGCAGCCUGGAACCAUCAUCACGGUCAAACUGCGCUUUAUUUCUUUGGUUUCUCCAGAACAUUGAUAUGGAGGAAUGCCUGGACUAAGCUUACACAGCAUAGGAUACUUGCCGAUGCUGCUUUGGAUUCGCUAGCAUAACUUUAAUAAAGCCCUUAGCUUAAUAUUAUGCUUUUGACUGUUAUUUGAGAGUGGGAUGGGAAGCACCUCCUUCGUUCUUAUUUUGCAGUGUUGCAUUUCAAUCUUUAAAG